GGGCCCACCAGCAUCCUGGGCACCUCACAGCUGCGACCAGGGGAGCCCGAGGGCUUUCGCAUCCCCUUCAACCCCACAGGCACAGGGUGUGGGGCAGCCAUGAGGAGCCUGGCUAUCGGCCUCAGGUACCCCCACACACGGGACCUGCCCACGCUGAUCCGAGUGAGCAUCGAGAGCGGGCGCAUGACCCACCACCACCCCACAGGGUACCUAGGGGCGGUGGCAGUGGCGCUUUUCGGGUCACUGGGGGCACGGGGGGUGCCUCUCGAGCGCUGGGGGGCCGAGCUGCUGCGGGCACUGCCCAUGGCCUGGGGACACGUGGAGGCCGUGGGGGUGGCACUUGAGGACAACAUGGCUACCUGGACCUUCUUUGGGGAUGCCUGGCGCAAUUCCACGCGGCCCAUCGCUGCCGGGUGCUGGGGGCUGCAUUGGGGGCUGGCGCCCGUCCCCCCUGGGCUCCACUGCUCCCUUGUCACGCGCCGCCUCCACGAGCUGGCCUG